CGUCAUUUAAAUUCUUCUGCUGUUCUUAUCGCUUGCAGCAAGACAAUACAACAGCGAUUGCAAUCAAGCAUCAUGAAGAGAGAAGACAUUACCUACCUGGGUGCUGGCCCUGCCAGUCUCCCCACCGAUGUUCUCGCCACAGCUGCCCAGGCGCUGCAGAACUACCAAGACACUGGACUUGGUGUCGCAGAACACAGCCAUCGCAGCGAAAUCGCGACAAAUAUCCUGAAUGGCGCCAAGGCUGACCUUGCCAACUUCCUGGAUAUCCCCGACACCUACGAGAUCCUCUUCCUGCAAGGUGGUGGAUCCGGCCAAUUCGAUGCGACCGUUUACAACCUCGUCUCGAUCUGGGCUGAGAAGCAGAGACAGCAGAUCAUCAAGGAGAAGGCCGGUAUCAGUGAGGAUGAAGUCAUUAGCGAGCUGCGCAAGAAGGUCGAGUCGGAACUGAAGCUGGACUACCUGGUCACUGGAUCAUGGUCGCUGAAGGCCAGCCAGGAAGCCGUUCGCCUUCUUGGCUCUGAGUAUGUCAACAUCGUCAGCGACUCCAGGACCGUCAACGACGGCAAGUUCGGAAAGAUCGCAGACGAGUCGACCUGGAAGCUGAGCCGCAAGGCUGCCCUGGUCUACAAGUGCGAGAACGAGACUGUUGAUGGCGUUGAAUUCCCCAGCUUCCCCGAGGUUCUCGAGCCCAAGGGCACGGACGAGGACCCUAUCGUCGUUGGAGACUUCUCUUCUACCAUCCUGUCUAGGCGUAUCCCCGUCCAGAACUACUCGAUUAUCUUCUUUGGAGCUCAGAAGAACUUGGGUGUUGCUGGAAUCACGGGAGUGAUCAUCAAGAAGGACCUCUUGCCCCCUGUUUCUUCCCCUUGCUCUCCUGCCAUCCUGCGCAAGCUCGGCUUGCCGAUCGCGCCCACCAUCCUUGACUACUCUGUUGCCGCUAAGAACAACAGCUUGUACAACACUCUCCCCAUCUUCGAUGUCUACAUUGCAGGCCAGGUUCUGAAGAAGCUGCUUGCCUCAUUCCCCGACAAGGUGGACGGACAACAGGCUGUGGCUGACCGAAAGGCCAAGCUCAUCUAUGAGACGCUUGACGCCUACCCCGAGGUAUACAAGGUCGUCCCCGCUAAGGAGGUACGUUCAAGAAUGAACGCCUGCUUCCGUGUGAUCAAGGGCGGCAACGUCGACGAUGCCGAAAAGGCCUUCCUGAAGGGUGCUGUCGAGCGUGGCAUCACUGGCCUGAAGGGCCACAGAAGCGUCGGAGGUAUCCGUGCGUCGAACUACAAUGCCAUUCCCGAGUCGGGCAUUGAGAAGCUUGCCGCGUACUUGAAAGAAUUCUACGCCGGCCUUGUCGUCCACAACAGGAUGUCGCGCGUUAAAAAGCUCCCCCUGCCUCGCCCGACAGCUGGCACCAAGACUGACGUUUGGAAUCUCCCAAACGAGAUAGAAUCACAGAUAACAACGCUAGCAGCCGUCCUCCAGGUCCAGCAGCAACAGCGUACUCCCCUUGCAAGAGAAGAGGAAGAGGACGAAGAAGGGACUGACGACGAAGAAACCUCCAAUGAGCAACUACACAACCAUGAACUUGGAUCGUCGGCCGUUGUCGCUCCAUUAGCUUCAGCGAAGACGAAGAACCUGAAAAGAUGCUUUUUGGAUCAGCUGGCCGAGUUAUUGUGCUAUAAGAAAGAUGCGCAUUAUGUGACCUGCACGUAUCUACGGGAAGGACUAGAUGAGAUUACUAUACUCGCGUCACGAAAUGCUGCUUGGGAAAACAAGGACAUUAAGCUCUUAGAAAGCUUGGCGGGCACGUUGGAACAACUUGCUGCGAGAGAUCCUUUCGAUCUGGAUUUCAAACCGGACCUGGAAAGACAGCUCAGCGAAUAUUAUACCCCACGCUUGGACUACCAUGUCAAACAACUCGUCAAUAUCUUAGAAUCAGUAAAGGGAGAGACAGGCCUGGUCGACUUUUUACGGAAAUUUCUUUCCCGACGCAUCUCUUCACAAGUCCUUGUCGGUGGGGUUAAGAGGAUUUGGGCCAAUAUUGACUUUCGUUCCAGGAUCGAGGCAUUGCCGAAAGCAAAUAAGAUAGUGCAAGAGCUGGGUUUUAUUCGUCGCCCUAUAGUCGCUGCAGAAACCUUUGAUAAAGCAGCGCGCGAGAUCUCGAACUUUCAGCGGGUCAAAAUAGAGCUCCUGCCUGGGUAUAAAGCUGAAAGUGUUACGCCGUCGCUAUCACUGUGCCCACAGUUGCCGUCCGAAAGAGACCGAGCGAGAUUGAAUGAGUGCCUUAGGAAAAAGAAAUGGGUCCAUGCAGAAAUGACAAUGGUGCUACAUCUCAUGAGUACUGACAGCGUAUCCCGAACACCACAGUAUCUUGGCAUUAGCAAGAAGACCUGUUUCAUGUGCGGUCAUUUUCUACAAACUUUAUCACAAUUUCAAGCGCGUAACAAUCAUGGAAAGGUGUACUCGCAAUGGAGACUGCCGAACUCGCUUAUCAUGCCGCUAAAGUCCUGUGAGACACUGGACAAUGCUGCUCGAAACCUCCGGGAUGUGAUGCAACGUGAAUGUGCUCUAGAACGGGACUACCAUAUCGCUGCAGUCAAAGAAUCGACUAUUUCAUCUCCGGUUGCACCAAAACACAUGCGUACCUGGUCGCCGUUUGCUCGCCAUGUACCGGACCCUAAACUCCAAGCGAGAGAGUCGGAGUGGCUAUCACAUCACAGUCCGAGAGAGAUAACUGUCAGGGCCUUCGGAAUUCUUUACUUUACAUCGGCGGCUGAUCGACAUAGACUUUUCGGGUUGUACUGCCGACUCGUAAAAGAUUGGGGUGUGGGAGAAGAAGAGCUUCGAGACGCAUGGCAGCAAGACAAAUUGAAGGAAUUCAUUCUGUUCCGAAGCUCCCAGAUACCAUCUACUUGGAUUCAAAAUGAGAGCCAUUGGAUAAGUCAGCAGGAUGGCUUUGCUGCCAACAAAGAGACUGAUCUUAAUAUCGUCUUUGAAACUCAAAAGCAUGUGCUCAAGCCCGAAGAUCAGCAAGUUCCAUAUCAGCUAUGGAAGCCACGGGAAAAGCUCGAAGCCUAUGUGUUCCUUUGCCAGAUUCGAAAUGGAUACAUCCCCGACACCGACGAGGACAACUGGAUUUCCCUUGGAUUCUGCACAGCUCGGAAUGGCGGCGAAACCAAACAAGUGGCGAAGCUAUACAGGGAGCUCCUCAAUAGAUGUGUAUUCGAAGAGUUCUGGAAGGCCAUGGCAGAGUCGAAGAUGGUCGACCUGUUCAGAAAGUACGGCUUCGGCGAUGCCAUCGCAGAAUUGCGGAAUCUCGAGACCCUUUUGAGCGCUGUCGGAACGAGGCACCAGAGUUGUUACCGUGGAUUAUGGAUUCUACAACUGUCGAACACCACUGGAGCUAAGUGA